AAUGAAGUCGUAUUUUGCUGUAACAUUUAUUUAAAACGUAUCUCAAUUCACACUGUCGUUGUUACAAGUGGUAAGACAACACCCUAUUAUGCAUUCACAGUAUCAGUCCUUACAAUGACAACAAUACAUAUAUAACAGACCGCCCGUUUGAAACCAAAAACAGCGCUUUCCUAAAAUCUGCUAUAACCAGGAAGUGCUUAGGUGUCAUAUGACUAUAGAAAAAUGGCUGCGGUGCAGUGGCGAUCCAGGGGGCGCAACUAUGAGGCAGAGCUGCAGAGAUGUCGUCCUGAGGCUGCUCUGGUCGAGUUCGGAGACUACCAUCCCCUCAAAUCCAUCAUGGUGACCGAUACAAAGACCCGACGUGGGGCUCGUAAAGGCAGCACCUCCUCGUCUUCGUCCUCCUCCUCCUCGGCACCCCUGGACCCCCUCAGCUCCAUGCUGGAUGGGACCGACCCCCUCUCCAUGUUUGCAGCAGCGUCGGCCACUGAGACUCCUGCCAUGUCACACAGUGUCUCCACAGGGGACCUGGGGCGGAAGAAGUGGGAGAAGGAGAAGGAGGAAGAGGUGGUGGGACCAGACUUUGAGUCCUGGUCCUUAAAACGAGGAGAGAUCCUGGCCAGGUUCACCACCACUGAAAAACUCUCAAUUAAUCUUUUCAUGGGUUCUGAUCGAGGAAAAGCUCCAAGUCCAGGAUCCUCCGCCGUGUCAGAGAAAGUUCGAACUCGCCUCGAGGAACUGGAUGAUCUGGAGGAGGGUUCCCAGAGAGAGCUGCUGAACCUCUCCCAGCAGGAUUACGCUAACCGCAUCGAGGAGCUGAACCAGUCCCUGAAGGAGGCCUGGGCCUCGGACCAGAAGGUCAAAGCCCUGAAGAUUGUCAUCCAGUGCUCAAAGCUUCUGUCCGACACCUCGGUGAUCCAGUUCUACCCCAGCAAGUUUGUUCUCAUCACCGACAUCCUCGACACUUUCGGCCGCCUGGUGUACGAUAGAAUCUGGACCAUGUGUUCAGACCCACGGCCCCUACCAGACUCGUUCACAGUGGACGAUGUGAAUGACACAGCCAAGGAGACGUGCCUCAACUGGUUCUUCAAGAUCGCGUCCAUCCGAGAGCUUCUGCCCAGAUUAUACGUCGAGGCUGCUAUUCUCAAGUGCAACUGCUUCCUGAACAAAUGCGGUAUUCAGGAGACGCUCCCUCGGUUAACAGCCAUGAUCAGAGGGAUCGGAGACCCCCUGGUGGCAGCGUACACCAGAGCUUACCUCUGCAGGGUGGGCAUGGAAGUCGCCCCCCACCUGAAAGACAGCCUGAACCGCAACUUCUUCGACCUGCUGGGCUCCUUCCGGCAGAUCAGCAGCGAGAGCGUCCAGAACCAGCUGGUCCUGCAGAGGGUGGAGGUGCCCGAGUACCUGACACUUUAUUCCCCCGCCAUCAGCUGGAUCCUGCAGUGCAUCGCCUACAGAGCUCCAGAGCCUCUGCUAACGGAGAUGAUGGAGAGAUGCAAGAAGCUGGGGAACAAUGCUUUGCUGCUGAAUUCAGUUAUGAGGGCGUUCAGGCCAGAGUUUGUUGCAGGCAGAGCCACCGACUUCAUCGGUAUGAUCAAAGACUGCGACGAGGCCGGCUUCCCAAAGCAUCUGUUGUUUGGAUCUUUGGGCCGCAGCGUGGCCUGUGCCGAUCCUCCAGAAUCGGAGAGACUGACGAUCCUAAACGAGGCCUGGAAGGUUGUAACCAAAGUCCGCAGUCCUCAGGAUUACAUCAACUGCGCUGAGAUCUGGGUGGAGUUCACCUGCCGACACUUCUCAAAACGUGAGGUCAACACGGUUCUGGCUGACAUCAUCAAACACAUGACCCCUGACCGGGCGUUUGAGGACGCUUAUCCUCAGCUGCAGUCAGUGAUCAGGAAGAUCCUCACCUACUUCCACGACUUCUCCGUCCUCUUCUCCAUGGAGCGUUUCCUGCCGUUCCUAGACAUGUUCCAGAAGGACAGUGUGAGGGUGGAGGUGUGCAGAUCCAUCAUGGAGGUCUUCAUCAAACACCAGGUGGAGCCCACCAGAGACCCGGUCAUCCUGAACGCCAUGUUGCACAUCUGCAAGACCAUGCACGACUCUGUCAACGCUCUCACUGUUGAGGAUGAGAAAAGAUCUUUGGCUCUGCUGAUCAUCGGCUUCAUCCGCAUGGUUUGCUUUGGUCGUGACUUCGAGCAGCAGUUGAGUUUCUGUGUGGAGGCCAGAGCCACCUUCUGUAACCUGGAGUCAGUGAUGGUGCAGCUCAUCCACACGGUGAACCAGCUGGCAAUGGAGACCAGCAGGGUGAUGAGAGGGAGUCACUCCCGCAAAACAGCGGCCUUCGUCAGGGCGUGCGCUGCCUACAGUUUCAUCACCAUCCCGUCUCUCAGCAGCAUCUUCAGUCGUCUCAGCCUCUAUCUGCUGUCUGGUCAGGUUGCGUUGGCAAACCAGUGUCUCUCCCAGGCGGAUGCUUUCCUAAAGGCGGCGGUCAGUCUUCUCCCAGAGGUCCCUCGCUCCAUCAGCGUGGAGGGGAAACUUCGAGCGUCCGAGAGCUUCCUGCUGGACUUCAUCAACAACUUCCUGGCUACGCUGCUGGUUGUCCCGGACCAUCCAGAGCAUGGCGUGCUCUACCUAGUGCGCGGUCUGCUCAACAUGAUCCAGGAUUACACCUGGGAGGACAACAGCGACGCCAAGGUGCGGGUCUACGUCAGCGCUCUGCCCCUGCUGGCCGCCAUGAGCCAGGAAACCUACCUCUACUCCAUCCCUAAAGUGGACUCCAAUGAGACUCUUUAUGGAGGAGACCCCAAGUUCCUAUUGGAGAUCAACAAGCUGAGCGAGACUCUGAUUGGACAGGUUCUGGACCAUCUGAAGGGGCUCGGCCGGGAUGAGCAGGCCACACGGCGUCAGGGUGCUCUGGCCUUCUCCCUGUUCGGCGUGCUGCUGGCUCACGGCGACCUGAGGAACAACAAGCUGAGCCAGCUGGCCGUCAACCUGUGGAACCUCAGCCACAAACACGGAUACUGUGAGACCCGCGUCUCGGUUCGGACCCUGGAGUUCAUCAAACACCAGGCUCAGCAGGCGGACAUGAGCCACCUGUCAGACACGGUCCAGCGGCUGGUGCUGCAGUCCCGCACCUGAACCUCAACCACCGUAGGAAAAUGUUUCUGCGCCAAGGUUUGUGUCAAUAAAAGAUAUGAAGAAGCACAAAGAAGAAGACACAAUGCCUGAAUGUGUUUGGUGUGAGGACACUUUGUGAACAUUUCAAGGGGUGUGAUUAUUUAAUUUGACAUUUCAGCACUAAAUAUUUACAAUCAGUUUGGACCAAUAUAACAAGAGAGCUCUUCUUGUGCCAAAAUGUCUUUUUUUUUUUUGCACUAAACCUUAAAGAAAAUUCUUUCAAGUUUAGUUCAUUGCUGCUAUAUUCAGUGUCAGAAUGUGUGGGGUCCAUUACAUAAACCCCUAAAUGAAUGAUCACAUGAUUCAAAGUUUGCAAAGGAAGAAAAAAUGAUAUUUCUCUGCAUGUUUUCUGGCCUUCUGUCUCAAGUCACAUGAGGGUGACAAACGAGCCAAUAAGCAGCAGACUUUCAGCCUAAUUCUUCUUGUCCAACUGAAAUGGCUUCAAACUCUGAGAACACGUCGCCACAGUGCUAAAAACUAAUAUUUUAGCAGUGAUCUCUUUGUCACUACUGCACGUUGUAAUUUUCAAAGAAAACUAUCAACUUAUGCCACAACUGUUCUUAGUAUUGCAGCGUAAUAUUGUCGGUUUAAUAACAGCGUUUAACAUGUUGUCCUCCUCAUGCAUUUGUAGAAAAUAAACAUUCAUCCUUUGUAUUUACAGUAAAUACCAAUCAAAGUAUGAAUCUAUUUGUAACCCUGUUUAAAGUGCAAAGCUAAUGUACCAAUUGCUUAUUAAAUAUCUUAUUAACUGGGCAUUGUUUUUGUAAAUAUAUAUUUCUUUUUAAUCCUACGUUGAAGAAAAUACCACAUGCUGCGACUUUAAUACUCUCAAUGAUGCAAUAAAAAGUGGACAGGACAAUAUUUAUUUCAAGACAUUCUCAAACUCUUCUCAGCUGUAGUUUAUUUACUCAUGUAGUGAAUCACGGGAAAAAAAAUAAAGUAAACAGUCCCCUUUAGUCCUGAAAGGAUCAAAUAUCAUCAAAAACAAAAAGGCGUGAUGACACUGACAGAUAAUGAAAGGAGUAUUCUAACAAAACUGACUUUCAGGUUAGCAAAAAAAAAAAAAGUUACAGGGUUAAAUGAUUGACACUGAAUAAUAGAACGUGUGAUAUGCGGAGUAGAGCAUGUUGUGAUAUUGUUUGACCCUUGUGUUGUCUUCCCGUCAACCAUCAACUUGUCCUUCCAGCUCUAAAUUGAAAUUUUUGUGCGCUAUUCCGAUGUUUUUGUCGCUUAUUCCAUGCUUUUGGCGCUUUUUAAAAAACCUGAGCUCGUUUCAUAAUAGGUUUUACACUUAUUCUUGGAAUUCAUGGCCAACAAACCUCAUUUAUAUCAAAUUAUGCUUAAGUUUUUGUUAAAAAGGCAGAAAUGAGAAUUAUUUUGACUAAUAGUUAAGAUCAGAGGAUGUUGAGUUGAUCACAGAUGGGUAUAUGACAAAGUUUAGUCCGGAUACGGUUUUGAAACCAAU